AUGUUUAAUUAUUUUUUAAGAAGCAUUAAAAAUUGUAAAAGUAAAGACGAUGUUACUCAUUUAAGUCGAAAGUUCCUAAAAAAUAUUAUUCAUUUUAAUACAUAUGAAAUAUCUCUAUGCAUAAAUAAAUUUUCUAAAAUUGAAUUUGAGGAUAAAUUAUUUUGGAAGCAUUUUUGUUUACUAAUAACGACAAGAGAUGAAAAUCUUGUGAAGAAAUUUUUAUUAACAAAAAAAAAGGAUAUUAAUAAUAACAAGUGUCAUAAUAAGGUAUAUGGUAAAUAUGAUGAUUAUGAUAACCAUAAUGUCAUGAAGGUAGAGAACAAACUAGGUAAUCUUGAUGAACAUAAAAGAGAUGAAAAAAAUAACAAUAUUUAUUUUAAAAAUGGGACAUGUAAAAAAAAAGAUGAUCUGAUUGAAUAUAAUUUAUUUCAUGAAGAAGAAGAAGAAGAAAAAAAAAAAAAAAAAGAUAAAUUAUUACAUCUUUUUAAUAUAGAAGAGUUAUGUUUAAUUCUUAAUUCUUUAUCAAAAGUAAAUAUAAAAAAUGACGAUAUAUUAAAAUAUGCUUCACACAAAUUAAUAAAUCAUAUAAACUUAAAUAAAUAUUUAAUAAACACUAUAAAGGCCCUUACCUCUUUGUCUGGACCUACACAAGGAAGAAAAAAUAAAAGUGUUGAAAUAAACAAAUGUGAUGAUAUAAAAAAUGAUGAUGAAAUAAAAAAUGAUGAUAAUAUAAACAAUUGUAAUAAUACAAACGGGUGUGAUGACCAUACGUAUAAACCAAUAAAUGUACAACAUAUACUACAGGAUAAAAUAUACCAGAAUAUAAACAACUUAAAUAAUAUUUUGACAGAGAAAGAUAUAAGUAUAUUAAUUGAACUUAUGAUUACACAUAAUGAUAUAGAUAAUAAUAAUAAUAACAAUAUAUAUAAUAAUAACAAUAUAUAUAAUAAUAACAAUGUUAAUGUUAAUUUUUUAAAAAGAAAAUUAUUUGAUAGCUUAAAAAAAGUAAACCAUAUAAGUGAACAAAGUAUCUCCCUUAUUUUACAAGCAUGUAGUAAAUCAUCAGAAAAAAAUAAAGAACUAUUAGAUAUUUUAAAAGUUAUAAUAAUAUUAAAAUUAAAAAAAGAAAAAAAAUGUUCUGAUAUUUUUCUUAGUAGUGUUAUACAUUCAUAUGCUUCUAUUAAUUAUAAAGAUAAAAUAUUAUUCAAUGUAUUAUCAAAUUAUAUAUGUACAAAUAUGAAUUAUAUUAAUGUAAAAGCAUUAAUUAUUAUAUUAAAUAGUUAUAUUAAUAUUGAAAUAUUGAAUAUUAAAUUAUUUUCUAUAUCCUUAAAUAAGCUAGCGAAAAAAGAUGUAUUACUAAACCUAUCAAAUCAAUGUACUUCCAACAUUAUAACAAUCUUUACAAAAACAUAUCAUUAUUUAGAUAAAAUAAAAAUAAAUUUUAUAUUGAACACAAUAAUUCAAAGAAUAAAACAAGAAUACAACGAAUACAAUAAGUGUUAUAUAUACGUUAAAGAGAAUGUCUCUUAUAAUAAUAAAUCCGUUAAAAUUUCUACAACACCUUUAAUAAACACAAAAAAUAAAAUAAUAAAUAAUGAUAAUUAUUAUAAUAAUUAUUAUAAUAAUUUCCCAGAGAAUAUAAUAUCACAUAACCAUUCAACUUAUUUAAAAUACAUACCACGUAAUAUAAAUAGUACAAGUAAGAAAAAGCACAAAUAUAAUAAAAAUGAAACUGUUGAACGAGAGAGGAAUCAAAUUGUUAAUCAAAAUAAAUUUUUCAUCUUAAACUUUUUAACAAAACAUAUAACUAAUAUAUUAAAUAAUUUAAGUAAAUUAAAUAUGGCUGACACGAAAUUAUAUGAAAUAUUUUCAUCUCUCCUUCUAAAAAAAAAAAAAAACGAUAUCAAUAAACUUGAUAUUCUUAAUAUCACAAGUUCCUAUUCUAGAGCUUCAUAUAGAAACGAGAACAUAUAUGAUCUAAUAAUAGAGUAUUCUAAACAAUAUAUUGUACAAAACGAUUUAAAAUAUGUAGAAUUUAUUAAUUUAUUUACAAGUAUUAGUACUUUUUAUGUACUUGAAAAAAACGAGCCUUCUAAUAUAUACAAAACGAAAUUUCAAGAAAUUAUCAAGUGUAUGAUUCAAAGGUUAAAGGGGGAGGACGAAAAAAGUAUUCAUAAAAAGAAACGGAAAGAUAUAGAUGGAAAAAUAUAUGACAAGGUGAAUAUGAAAAAGGAUAAUAUUAUAAGUACACAUAAUUUAAAUGAAACAUAUAAAAAUAUAUUGAAUACAUAUGAGGAAAGUCCUCAUAAAGAUAAACAUAAAAAUAAAAAUUCUGAUAAACAUAUUAAUAAUAAUGUAGAUGAAGAAUAUGUCGAAAAAAAUGUUAAAGAUCUACAUGUAAAUGAUUAUUGUUAUAAUUAUGAUAAUAUAAAAAAUAAAAAUAUUUUGGAUAAUUUAAAUAUUAAUCAUUUAGCUUAUAUAUUAUCAACAUUAUGUAAAUUAAAUAUACAUGAUGAUUAUAUUUAUAAUAAAUGUGUUAUAAAUAUAAGAAAGAAAAUAUUUAAAAUAAAUAGUAAAUGUUUGUCUAUUUAUCUUUUAUAUAUAAGUAAAUUUAAUAUAAUUCAAGAUACAUAUAUAAAAAAUGUUAUAGCUAGCUGUUAUAAAUUGGAAUAUGAAAAAAAAAAAAAAAAAAAAAAAAAAAUUACAAAUUUAAAUAAUAAUAAUAAUAAUAAUAAUAAUAAUAUAUUUUUAAAAAUGAAUAAUUUAUAUAAACAACUAUUAUCGAAUGAUAUAAUAAAUUCAAUAUAUAUUAUUAGAUGUCUAAUAAAAAACGAUACAGAUCUGAUAAAAAAAAAAAAUAAAAAUAUAUAUAACCUGAAGAAUAAUAGUAAUGAUGGAACUCAUUCAAAUAAUAGGUAUAACAACAUAUAUGUAAUAUAUUUUAAUUUACUUUAUAUAUAUAACUUUUUUUAUUCAAACAAAUAUUAUGACAUUUCAUUAAUUAACAUUAGUAGAAAUCGAAAUGUGAAUAUGUGUAAGAAUAAUGAUAAUAAUAAUAAUGAUAAUAAUAAUAAUAACAAUAAUAAUAAUAAUAAUAAUAAUAACAAUAAUAAUAAUAAUAAUAAUAAUAAAACACUCUUGUCUUUUAAAUCAGAGAAAGAAAAUGAAAAAAAAAAAAAUAAUACAACUUGUCAUAUGGAUAAAAGUGAACACUAUAAAAUAAAGAAAAAAUUACAUUCUCAUAUUUCGGAUCAACAUAAUGAUGAUGAUAAUUAUAUUAUAAAAAUGGAUGACAUCUUUUUUGAAGAACAAAAUAAUAUUAUAAAAACAAGAGAAUUAAAUAUACACGGUUCUUGUAUAUUAUUAAAUAGUUUAUCAUAUUUAUUGACACAUGUAUAUUUUUAUAAUGAAAAAUAUUACAAAAUAAUAUAUUAUUUAUUACUUUAUAAUUUUAAAUAUGUUUUUAAAAAAUUAAAAUUAAAAUAUUCAAUUUUUGAUUUAUUAUAUAAUUUAAAAGAUAUAAAUUAUGAAAAACAAACAAAAUAUAUUGUUCAAGAUAUUAUCGAUUCAGCAAGUUUAAGACAACUAUAUAUGUCUAUAUUAAUGUUAUAUUAUUUAUAUCCAUUACAUGCUUCUACAAACACUACAAAUAACAAUAUUAUUCAUAAAUAUCCUUUAUUUUUAUUACAAUAUAUAUACUUUUUUUUGAAAUAUAGUCCUAUGGUGUCAUUUGAAAAAUAUCGUUCUAUAUAUAAUUCUUUAAAUAAUAUAAAAGUUUUUUAUUAUAAUAAUCACUAUUCUCAAAAUCAGAAAAAAAAAAUCAAUGAUCAAAAUAUAUGCCAUAAACAUGAUGAUAUUAAAAAACCUAACAUCUCAACGAGUGAAUUAAACGUUUAUAAUAUCAUAUUAAAUAUUCUAAGAAAAAAAAAUAUAUUACAGCAUUUUAAUGUUUCAACAACUUUCAAUGUUUAUAUGUAUUCAGUGGAUAUAUUAAUAAAGUCAAAAAAAAAAAAAAAAAAUCAUACAAAAAAAUGA